CACUAACGUCGAUCGGCAUCCUUGCAACACUUGUGACUUUCGAGGCUUUUUUUCGGGCGUAGCCCACCGCCCAUCUUCAAGUCAGAACACAAAUAACUCUUAGUAGUCUCAGGCCCUUCCUCUCAGCCGAUAUAGCUGCAGACGACGAGGUGUUCUUUUCCAUCUAUCGCCGAUAUCUUUACGCGGCGGGUCAUUUCGGAAUUCUGUUCUCGGAAAGGCGAGGCUUGUAACGCAAGGGAGGGACGUACAUUUUUGCGCCAUGCCAUCGUCAACGGGGCCGCACAAAGAGGGUGUCCAAGGGGACGCAGAGUCCGCCGUGUUGUCGGAACUCCCGCAAAGCGAGCCGACGACCGGCACUCCCGAGAUGAGUGAGAGUACCAAUGUCGCGGGUACCGGCGUAGGAAGGUUUCGCUCCGAUCCCUUGGGAUUCAUGUUGCGUUUGACUUCCGAGUCUUCCGCGUUCUACACUGGAACGGGCUGGCGAGCAUAUCAGAACUACAUAGGAGCUCGAAUCUUCUACGAGAAGUACUCAGACGAGAUUCGCACCGGGCUGCUGACCUCCGAUAGUCUGGCAGAUGCUGUGAAAGCUGUCUCGUUAGCUCGGUAUCGACAGCUCCACUCGAGUUACGCGUCGAAGGACAAAUUGGCGAAGAAGACGCGAGGACCCCGGAGGGACAUUACCCUCGAGGAAGUGAUGGCGGAUACACAGCGGCGGUUGGUCCGAAUGAUGGAUGGGAUGGUUGCUAGCAUGAGCUCCAUACGAACCAUUCGAUUCGUCGCUUUCUUCAUCAACAGCAUGCUGGUUCGCAUGUACCAGCAGGGAAUCCAUAUCCGGGAGAAUGAGUUUGUAGAACUACAAAAAGUCGCACGCUAUGCGGAAAAGAACCGAAUUUCGCUCAUCUUUCUGCCAUCUCAUAAGAGCCACGUGGACUACCUUGUUUUGAGCUACAUCUUCUAUCGGCUAGGGAUAGCUCUACCACACAUCGCAGCCGGCGACAACCUCAACAUGCCUGUCGUUGGUCAGAUCUUGAAAGCUGGGGGCGCGUUCUUCAUAAGGCGGCAGUGGGGAGAUGAUAUGCUGUAUGGAGCGCUAAUGCGGGAGUACAUAGAGCUCCUGAUGCAACGUGGGCACAACAUCGAGGUUUUCAUCGAAGGCACGCGUAGCCGCAUUGGAAAAGUGCUGCAGCCAAAGUUUGGGAUCCUCAAAAUCAUGCUUGAUGCCGUCGCGAGCGGACGCGUGAAGGAUGCGAUCAUGGUGCCGAUGAGUAUCGGGUACGACAAAGUUAUUGAAACGGAAUCUUAUGUAAACGAGCUUCUGGGAACCCCAAAGGAGAAGGAGUCGUUGUCACAGCUCUUUGGCAACCUCAAUAUCUUGCAAUUCAAACUCGGGAGAAUCGAUAUCCGGUUCGCCAAGCCGUACUCAUUGAUGGACUACAUCAAGAGCCAGGAGGUUCGCCGAGGGUCCGAAUUUCACCCUCUGACCGUACCAAAGGACAGGACGCUGCUUUUGCAAUCGUUGGGUUUCCGGAUUCUGAGCGACAUCAACGCCGCAAGCGUUAUCAUGCCGACUGCGCUGGUGGGAACGGUGGUUCUGACUUUGCGUGGACGUGGAGUAGGAAGAGACGAGUUAAUACGGAAGGUGAACUGGCUGAAACGGGAGAUCCUAACGAAAUCCGGCCGCGUCGCCCACUUCGGUGAUAUGAGCACCGCAGCCAUUGUCGAACGUGCUGUGCAACAGAUGAGAGAUCUGAUUGGCCAGAGGACAGAUCUUCUCGAACCCGUCUACUACCCCCUGAAACGUUUUGAGCUCAGCUUUUACCGGAAUCAAGUCAUCCACCUCUUCCUGGCCGAGUCUAUCUUAUCCAUGGCCAUGUACGCCACCGUGAAGAACGGCGGUCCCGUACACAGUCAACGAAUCAUGUUGCGACCAUCGCUAGCCGAAGACGUAUCUUUCGUCUCGCAGCUCUUGAAAGCGGAGUUUAUUUACGGGCCGGGCGGUCUGGAUAGGAAUUUGGAAGACACCGUGUCCAAACUACACGCUGCGAACGUGAUAUCGAUUGAGGAGGAGCGUCUGGGCACCUCCGAGUCCGGCGCGGACGUGGCGCACUGGAUAUCUCUAAGCCCUGAGGAACGACGACUUGGCCGAGAGACAUUUGACUUUUAUUGCUUCCUCAUUUGGCCAUUCAUCGAGACGUACUGGCUUGCGGCUGUCAGCUUAUUCGCGAUAAUACCGGAGAACCCGCCAGCCAUUGACAAUAAGACACCCACAUUGGAAUGGGUCGACGAAAGAGUAUUCAUGAACAGGGCGCAGUAUCUGGGCAAAACCCUAUACUAUGAAGGCGACCUGUCCUACUUCGAGUCCAUCAACAAGGAAACCAUCAAAAACGCGCUCGCCCGGUUCAAAGACAUGGGUGUCGUACUCACCCACAAAAGCCCGCUGCCACCAUCAAAAACCGCACCGUACCUCGAUGUUUCCAUGCUGCCACCGAAGCGCGAUCCCCGACUGCCCGUCCCAUCUGGGACUGUCCCAGCCCCACCACCACAACCCGCGUCAGGCACAUCGAUCACAUGGAUAGCCAUCGCACCGGAAUACAUACCCCGUGAUAGACUGCCGCCAACGAUCGUAGCCUUCCAAGCUCGAGCGGCUGCUGAAGCGGCGUCGAUACUCGAAUCGGAUAAAGCGACGGUCAAUGCAAGCGCGGUAGACCUGUUCCAGGCAGGCACUGUGGCAGCUGUACCCGCAUUUCCAACCAGUAAGCUCCGACGACCACGCGAUCGCCGGCCUGGUCAAGUCCCGUCUGGCACAUCGGCGAUUCCGGAGGUGCAGAACACGGCAUCGGCGGCAACAUACCCGUUGACCCCUCCACCAGAGGAGGACAUUCAGGAUCCCUGGUCUGACAUUCACCCUGAAUCUGCCCUGUGGGAUUUCUGUGAACACAUCGGACGGUUUAGGAGGGAAGGGAAGAACAGGCGUGACACCGCAACAGUCGCCAUCCGAGUCCUUCGAUUGGCACGCCUGGCCGCGUUCUCAAUCGACAGGAUCAAGGGCAAAAGCAAAGGGAAAGUCAAGAAGCCCGCAGAUCCGCCAGCCGCAAUGUAUUACGGCGGUGAAACCGCGGCGGCCAGCAGUUCUCGACCGAAACUCUGAUUCCAUGUCUUACAACACACACUCGUCAUUGAGACAUACGUUCGAGCACAGCACACUGGUCAUUUUCUAUGCGCCUUGAAGAAAUAUUCCUGAGGGCCUAUACGGACUUUUUGGCGCAUCCAAAUUUCCUGUACAAAUUGUUCUUUUUGAUCAUUUGGGGGACGUAUCCACUCUUUUGCCACUUAGCUCGUUUUGACAUGGAUAAACUGCUACCCUUCCAACCCCUAUUGCCUUUUGUAACAAUUGUGUCAAGCCGAAAGACAGAACGUCUCAUAAAAAGAGGUCAAUUCACGUGAUCCGACAUGUGACCCGACGGUAGUCGACUGGGCCUUUG